AUGAAAAAGAACAAAAAGGUCGUCGUAACGGCUUUAAGUUACAUAGCAUCAAAUGGAACGUUAAAAAAUUUAAAAACAAUAUUAAAACUAACAAAAAUUGAUGUGAAUAAACAAGAUAACGAAGGUAACACGCCUCUUCAUUUCGCAUCUCAAGCAGGUCAAGUUGAAGCCAUUAAUUACAUGCUCUCGAUAUGUCCGAAUGUUGAAAUCGACGCAAGAAAUUCAUUAGGUUUUACACCGCUUAUGAAAGCUGCACUUCAAGGACGUACAAAAUGUGCUAAACUUCUUCUUUUUGCUGGAGCAUCACCAAGCCUGAGGGAUUCCGGAAGAGGAUUAAAAGCAGAGCAAUGGGCAAGAUUUUGCGGACGUUACGUUUGUGCUGAAGUUAUAGAAAAAUUCACGAAACAAAAAUUUUCCGAUAAAACAAGUUCGGGUAUUAAAUCGAGAUUGCGAAAAGCUUUUAGGACAAUAUCACAUCCGGGACCGGAAGUGAAUGGAAAACCUUAUUCGGUUGUCUCUCAGUUAACAACUGUUGCUUUAUGUGCAAGUACUCCAGUUUUACAAUCGAGUGUGUCAUCCAAUAUAAAAUCAUUAAUGAGACCGUUAGCCGUUCCAAAAGUCGAAGUAUAG